UCCUGUUAUAAGGGACGACUUAAGAAGUUUCGAGAAAUUGGGGCCUGGAUAACAGUAAUUAUGGAACUGUUAAAAGAAUCGAAAAUGAACCCAGAAGUUCUGCAAAGAUUGGAUGCAAUCGAUAUGAAUUUGCAAUCUCUGAGAGAACAACGUAUUUCCGAGUCAGGUAGCUCAGCGCCAAAAAACCAAUGCGAUACUCGCAUAGAAAAAAACAGAAGCAUAUUUAUAGAAACGUUGAUGAAGAAGCCCACAUUCAAAAUAAGGCGGCCUUUACUAGAGCGAUCAGAAACAUUUUUGACGAACCAAAAAGUAGUCGUAUUAACUGGACAUAAAGAGGAACUUGUGAUGUCUGUUCUUAAAUACAUUGUCAUGGGUUACCAAAAAGAAAACAAGAAUGUUGCACUGUUGAAUAAUACAAGCGAUUGGAAAUCUGUUUCCCUAGAAAACACGGGCUUGAUCAUUUUUGAAAAACAUCGCAGGACCUUGGACAAAGAAAGAAUCAACUGAAAGACACAUGCUUGAUAAAUGGACUUAUAUGUUUGACGAAAUACAUGCACGUGCAAAGGGCACUUCGAUGUCAGUUGCAAUAGUGUUGAAGAAAAGCCAUUUAAAUGAGAUUAAAUCCUUGUGUGAUCACGAAAUUCUUCAGAAUGUGGUCGAAAUUGGAGCACGAGACGCUGCACCCGAUCAAACGCUGAUACAAUCAAUAA